UCAAAUUCAGAUCAAAAGAUUCAAAGUUUUGUCUCGCGUUUUGCCAUGCGUGGUAGUUUUCGUUAUUGCUAACUCUUUGCUUUAGCAAAGAAAAUUAUUCAUACCAUUUGCUAAAUAUUUUAGUCUAGGUGUGCACACGGCACAUUUUAGUAAAUUUUACAAAAUCUCCCUAACUUAUCAGCAAUUUCAUGGAAUAGUUUGUGUAAUUUUGUUCCGUAUUUUAUUUUAUUUCGCUGUAGCAAUAAUGUCUACACGAAGGGCCAGGAUUAAAGCUGUUACAUCGUUACCACCAAGAAGAAAGAAUGCAGAUAAUGCUGAUAAAGCAGCCCAAGCAAAGGAGAUACAGAAGACGAUAAAAAGUCCUCUGAACCCACGAUCUCUUCUUAAGAGCAAUGUAGUCGAUGACAAAACUUCAAAGACCCCUCCAGCACCGCUCCCUCUUAACAGCACUUCAAAUUCAAGCAGUAAAGUGGAUUCACCAUUGGCUAAAACUGCAUUGGGUACACCCAAAUAUCAGUCUGUAAUUAAAACCCCGAAGCUUGCUGAAAAGGUAUCAGUGAUUACCUCUGCAUCUUCAUCAAAAUCGGUUUUUGCCUCACCUCAGCCAAGAACUGACAGCCCAUUAAGACAUAAUAUGGCAUCCCCUUUAGUUAUCGCUCAAAGAUUAACCCCUAAACCUGCUAAUUUUGAAGCUGCUAAGCCUAUCACCCCUCAAAUAAUUCAACCUGAAAAAGAUAUAUCAAAAAAUGAUGAAUCUCAAAAGAAUUUUGGUAGUGCUAAUAAAAGUGAUAUUCCAGAAGAUUACAAUGUGCCAAGUGUUCCAGAGAGUAUACCUGAAGACGCUGUAAUGGAUGGUAUUGUCCCACUGCAGCCCACACGGAGUGCUCCUAAGCCAAUAGAUUUGCUUAAGAAUGAAAUUAUAUCUGAGAAUGCUGAAGUACUCUUCGACCCAAUAGUACCUCUUCCAUCACCAAGUAAAGUCCGUCCUAAGUUGAGACCUAUACCAAGGCUGGCUCCACUCAGACGAAAUAGUAUACAGGGAAGCGCCAGUGAGUCAGAAGAUGAAAGCAGGCGAGCGCUACUCAGCAGCGGCGCGACUACCCCGGCGCCGCCCCGCCAACGACACGACUCGCACACCUCUCACAGCACGCUGCAAUCACUCAACAAUCGAGAUGUAAAUCGGAUACGAAAUGACUCCAUAUCAUCCAGUAUUAGCCAAGUCGUGACGCAGCCUCCACCAGCGAGUUCACCUACUAAAGAAAAACAAUUCAAGUCGCGUCGUCAAGAGAUGAGUCGUCGUAUGGCUGCUAUGCGCCGGCGCAGAGAAACAGUCAAACGGGACGCUCUCACCAUGUACGACUUGAUAUUCUACAACCCCACCACAAAUCCAAUUAUCCCCGAUCAAGACGAGAUUAAAGCCAAAGAAGCGAACAAGAAGGACCAAGAGUCGCGGGAAGCCGAAGAGGCGGUCGAUGACCCGGAUGACCCGCCCGCGUCGGAAGCGCCCGUGCCGCAGAUAAAACUGGGGCCCAAUGGCGAAAUCAUACUGGAUGAGACCAGUUUGGUGAUAAAACAAACCGACAGCAAGCGUAAAGUUUCCUCCGUAGUCCGCGAAGGCGCUUGGGGCAGUGGCGGUGGGAAGUACACGCGAUCGAGUCGCACCGCCGACUGGAGCGCCGCCGAGACCGUGCGCUUUUAUAGGGCGCUCGCAGCAAUCGGGACUGACUUCACGCUAAUGGCGCCACUGUUCCCCGACAGAAACCGGCGCGACCUCAAACUGAAGUUCAAAAAAGAAGAGAAAGUGAACGGCGCUCAAGUGGACAAGGCACUGAGGUCAGCCACCACGUGGGACGCGAUGCAACUCCAGGAAGAGUUCGAAAGAGAACGAAAGGAAGCGGCAGAGAAGGAAGCUGAAGAAAGGCAGCGGUUGAAGAAGCAGCGUCAGGAAGAGGCGCAGCGGAUCAGCCAUGCCAGACAGCACAACGUGAGAAAAAGUCGCGCAUCCAGAGCAGUCGAAACAACCGUCCUAUCAGAUGUGCCUCUCAACAAAUCGCACGAGGGUCCGCUCACGGCAAACGAAUUAGUUGACCGAGCGAUCGAGGAGAAAAUGGCCAAGGCUAAAUUACGAGCAGAACGGGCGAGGAAGAAAAUGGGAUACGCGACCUUAACCCACCACAACAACGUUCAAAAUCCCACUUCCACUGCGAACGCCAGCCAAGAAGGCGAUAAAGAACUGGCUACUUUAACAAGGCUCGAAGCUACAACGCCGACGCCCGCAUCAGCGCCUGUUAUUUUAAACGCUGUGUCGUCAAUCCCCAAAAAUAUAGAAUCCGGAUCUCUCGUGGUUUUAACGGUCAACGACCCGACAUCACCUUCGAAGAAAAUGUUGCAAACUUAUAUAGCCCAUGGUGCGGGUAAAUUGACUCCAAUUGCGUUACCACCGAACUUAUUUAAUACUGUCGUAGGUUAUAUGAAGAAAGGAACGCCAAAAAGUAAUUCUACAGGUUCGCCGCAGUUCAUUUCGCCGGUUGGUAGUAACCAUGAAAGGACUAGCACGACCCCUAGCGUGAUACAAUUGAAUCCGAGUCCGGCGAAAAGGCAACGGAAUAGUUCAUAUACAAUUACUCAACUAUAGCAUGUAAGUUACUCAUGUAUAAUAUGUUAUUGUAGCUUAACAAUAUUUAAAGCUUAUUUCUUAAUUGGGUUAGAAGAAUUAUUUAUUGCGAAAUUGGUUAACCUUCAGUUGUACAGAACAUUUUUAUAUUUAUGUGAUAAAUUAGUGCCUGUGAUUUCUUCUGCGUGGAAAAAAUGGUUUCCCAUACAAACAUCCAAUCCCCUUAAAUAUUGAUCAAAUCUAUCCAUCAAAAAAUUUUAUCUAAAUCGGUUCAGUGAUUUAAAAGUAGAGAUGUAACAGAAAGACAGCUAGAAACAUUCGCAUUUAUAAUAUUAGUAUUGAUUAAUAUGUCUAUAAGUUUGUUAGAAUUGUGAUUGCGUGAUAGCCAUCUGCAAUAAAAAUAUCCAUUACGGAAUAAACAGGAUUGUAGGUGCAACGUUUUAUUACAGACAUACAAUAGAUAAUUUUCAACAUUCAAUAGAUGUUUCGAUUUAUUUAUCCUCCGAUCGAUUUAUUCUCGAUGCGUUUGUUUCAUGCUCAUUUUACUGUGAAGCUCUCUCAAUUAAGAUGUACCAAUAACCAAAUUGUCAAGCAUCUAUAUUUAAACUUUAGUUAGUACAUAACACUUGAAAUUACAGUUGAUCAAGUUGUAUCGUUUCAAGAUAUAAAAUAUCCUUUAAAUUUAAUAUAUCUAUAUCACACCAGUUAAUGUAAGAAGUUUAUAUUAUAAGUUAACAAUGAAAUAUACAUGCAUUAUUACUUGUACAAAAGGCUGUUAUAGCGAGAUACAGAACGAGUAGUGCGCGUGAGAAAUAAAUAUAUACCUAACAAAAGUAAGAUAUUUUUAAACUUUUCGUCUACCGUGACAAUUAAGCGUAUUUUUUUACACGCUUCUAUGAAAUUUACGUGUAUUCCGUUUCUGCUCUUUUGCACUAUUUCAUCUUGUGCUGGCACUUUACGAUUCGUGUUUGUAGUAGAAGAUCCAAGCCUACAUUGACCUUCAUCGAGCUGAUAAUAGAAUGGAACAUAUUUUAUCAUGAAUUUAAUAUAUAAGACAAUAUAUUAAAAAUGGGUUGCCUAAAAAAAUCAGGG